GGGAAGGAGGCUGCUGCUCACCAGGGAUCCACGGCGGCUUCAAGGAAGUCCGAGAGAGAGUCAGCCCGCUACGUACCCACAUAACUGCUUCUCCUCUACCGGUGAACCGAGUCGAGAUGUCCGGCGAACACACGGACGGAACGGAGGCUAUGAAUGUAUACUCGGUGACCCUCAGCGGCCCGGCGCCCUGGGGCUUCAGGCUGCAAGGUGGCAAGGACUUCAGCAUGCCCCUCACCGUAUCAAGGCUGACCCCGGGCGGGAAGGCCGCUCAGGCUGGCGUCGGUGUCGGAGACUGGGUGGUGUCCAUUGGCGACACCAACGCAGAGGACAUGACCCACGUGGAGGCGCAAAACCAGAUUAGAGCAGCAACAGACUCCCUCACCCUAACUCUCAGCAAAGCUUACAAAGCAGGUGGAGACCAGAAGGACUCGCUUGCUCCGGCUUCUGUUCAGCCAAAGUACUCCUUUGCCCCCAGCACAGCCAUUAACAAGAUGGCGAGGCCAUUUACAGCAGGUGGUGUUAGUGCCAACUCAGGACCUUCGAUUAAACCUGUUGCCUACUCGCCCAAACUUAACACGCCUUGCUCGCAGGGCCGUGCCAGUAUGCAGAAGCCACAGAAUGGGCACGGCCUCAGGGUGGACAACAUGGCCUGUUUUAUCCCCAACGACCGCAGCAAGAAGAGGCUGAUUCAGGACACGGAGGACUGGCAGCCCCGCACCGGCACCACCCAGUCCCGCUCCUUCCGCAUCCUGGCCCAGCUCACAGGCACCGACUUCAUGCAGGACCCAGAUGAUGAAAACAUGAAGAGGUCCAGCCUUGAGCCAACUCCUUCACCUGCCAAGGCAGCAGAUAAACCAGAUGGCUCAAAGACCACAGCUGCGGCGGCGGGCAGUUCAGGUCCCUCCUGUCGACCACCCUGGGUCACCGACCGCAAUUUCGCAGACCGCUUUCGUCCGGACAAAACCAGCACUGUGGUCACCCAGCACCAGCAGCCGGCCCAGCCGACACCGAUGCAGAGCCGCAGCUCCAUCCUGCAGGCGGCGCAGCACGGACCCGAGGACAGCGGGCGGACCCCCCUGUGUGGGGCCUGCAACAAAAUCAUCAGGGGUCGGUACCUGGUGGCACUGGGACGUUCUUGGCACCCGGAGGAAUUUACUUGUUCGCAGUGUAAGGCGGUCCUGGAGGAGGGGGGCUUCUUCGAGGAAAGAGGGUCCGUCUACUGCACCAAGUGCCAUGAUAAUCGAUAUGCUCCCAACUGUGCCAAGUGCAAAAAGAAGAUCACAGGGGAAAUCAUGCAUGCCCUGAAGAUGACCUACCAUGUUGAGUGUUUCAAGUGUGCAGCCUGCAAGACUGCCAUCAGGAACCAAGCUUUUUACAUGGAGGAGGGCGAACCCUACUGUGAGAGAGACUACGAGAAGAUGUUUGGCACCAAAUGCCACGGCUGUGACUUUAAGAUUGAUGCCGGGGAUCGCUUUCUGGAGGCCUUGGGCUACAGCUGGCACGAUACCUGCUUUGUCUGUGCUCUCUGCCAAAUCAACCUGGAGGGGAAGACGUUCUACUCGAAGAAGGAUAAGCCCCUGUGCAAAGGCCAUGCUUUCGCUCCAGUGUGAGAGAGAUGAAGCUUCAUCUUCAGAGGAAGGAACACUUCUCUCUCUCCCUCUCUCUCUCUCUCGCCUCUCUACCCCUCUCUCCAGCCUCUGGCUCGCUCGCUCUCGCUCCACAUCUCCUCUUCGCCAGCACCACACCUUGUUAAAGUCGAGUCUAUUUCUCUACCCUGCGGACUGUUUUCUACAUUUGAGGCUUAACGCCAGCGCCACAUACUGUUACAUUAGCAAGACACUUCAAAUGUCCCUGCCUGUAAUGCCGAAUGCUGAGUAGUGCAACUGGAAGUAGUCGAGGGAUUAGUUCAUAUCAUGUCACAGACCUGUUGACGUUAAAGUCAGUGCAGAGAGUUGAACGUAGGGAAAGUGCAGCUGCAGUUCACGGAGAGUCCCUCAACGCAUCUCAUCUUGUCCUCGUUCAGUUUGCAGUAAGAUCACGUCGGUGUCUUCCGAGUUGGAGGAGUCAUUUAGCGUCUAAUGAUAUCGCAUAUCGCAGUAAUGACCCAUCACUGCUCGGCGUGGAGACGUAGUGGCCCCAGCUCGGGACCCUGGCCCACUCACUGAGUCUCACCACAGUGCCUAUUAUCAUAAUGGGGGUCCAGUGGUGCAGAACGAAGGGGGGUGUCCCAUUUCUGCUUGACUGGACCUCUUCACAAAAGCACUAACUGCUGAACUUAUCACCCUAGCUCUGGCUAAUCAGCGAAAUACUGCAGGUUAUAGAUUUAAUUUGAGUCGUAUAAUAAUCCUUAAUUGAUCUGUGUGGGCGAUG